GAAGUCAUCUAGCCUCAUCUGGCCCUUUUAAGCUGGCAUUUUUGGGAGGGUGGUCCCUCUGAGGCAUAUACAAACACUCAGUCAAACAUCCACACUCACCCUACACGCUGCACUAGUGGCCAGCAGAGACCUGACCUAUUCCUUCAUAUAGAACAGGAAGUUGAAGUGACCUGAGAUCAAGAUGGCAACAAAGGGAGUCGGCAUGGCUAACAAAGGCCCAUCCUACGGCAUGAGCCGGCAGGUUCAGGAUAAGAUUGACAGCAAAUAUGACCCUGAGCUGGAGCAGAUCCUGGUGGAGUGGAUCAGUCGUCAGUGUGGCUCUGGUGUGGGCAAGCCAGAGCCAGGAAAACUGGGCUUCCAGGCCUGGCUGAAAGAUGGCUGUGUCCUGGGUGAGUUAAUUAACAGUCUGUUUGCUGGAGAGAAACCUGUGAAGAAGAUCCAGAGCUCACCCAUGGCCUUCAAACAAAUGGAGCAGAUCUCCCAGUUCCUCAACGCUGCAGAAAAGUAUGGCGUCACCAAGACUGACAUGUUCCAGACAGUUGAUCUCUGGGAAGGUAAGGACCUAGCAGCGGUGCAGAGGACCCUGUCAGCUUUGGGCAGUUUGGCAGUCACCAAGAAUGAAGGCACAUACAAUGGGGACCCUAACUGGUUCUUCAAGAAAGCACAGGAGAACAAGCGAGAUUUCAGCGAUGAGCAGAUGAAGGCUGGCAAAAAUGUGAUUGGCCUACAGAUGGGGUCGAAUAAGGGAGCCAGUCAGGAGGGCAUGAGCUAUGGACGGCCCCGACAGAUCCUGUAAAAUCACUGAGCCACAGAUAUUCAAAAUCUCUCUAGCCCCCAGCACCCUCUUAGAGCCUGUAAUUGCUAACUGGUUUACUACAACUCCCUUUUCAUCAUCAAAUCUUUUAGUAACUUCCUAACAAGUACCCUCCUCUUGACACUUGUCCUGAAUCCCUUAGGUAGAUGCUUUCACUGGUGACACUUGUAGAGCUCAUCAUGCUUUGUCCUUCCCACUGCAGUUAGGACCAGUACAACUGAAUGUUUAAGUCUUAAUUAAAUAGUAAUUGUAAAAAUGACCAUCAUGUUGCUGUCAAGGUGAAAAGAUCAAGAUAACCAUGUACCAAAGUCAAGCUGUUCCCAAUAUGAAACAGCACUCGUAUUACAUAUUACUGGCCAUAGUUUCAUCAUUGAUAUAUAACAAAUGUCUGAAUGAUGGCAUCUGUUUAUAAGAUUUUAGAAAUAUCAGUUAUGGAUUCUGACACAAAUAUUAAUUUGUUUACAUAACUUACAGAAGGGAUAUUCUUUCCAACACUUUCCAAUUUACACAAUGCUACGCCUGCUGUAUCAGUGCCAAUAUUUUUGUACAUUGUCUUAUUAAAUAAUGACUUUGAAAUA